AUGGCAAAUAUCACAGGCGUAAUUAUACCAGCCAUCCACCAUCUGGAGGUUGGAGACUACGACGUCUUCUACCGUGAGGCUGGCCGUGUUGAUGCUCCUACUAUCCUGCUCCUUCAUGGAUUUCCUACUUCCUCCUUCAUGUUUCGCCAUCUGAUUCCGAUUCUCGCGGUCACCUACCACGUAAUUGCGCUGGACUACCCCGGCUUCGGCUUUACAACAGUUCCAGAAUUAUAUCCCCAUACAUUUGACAAUAUCGCUCGUGUGACCGAGAAGUUCUUGGAAAUACUCCAAAUCUCCAAGUACGCACUUUAUAUAUUCGACUAUGGUGCUCCAGUUGGUCUGAAGCUUGCUGUGCGAAACCCUCAUGCCAUAACCGCAAUCAUCUCACAGAAUGGCAAUGCUUAUGUUGAGGGACUUGGACCAUUCUGGGAUCCAGUGAAAGUAUACUGGGAAUCUGGAAGCAAAACUGAUCGCGACGCCCUAGAUGGAGUUCUUUCUUUCAACACGACCAUGGGCCAAUAUACGGGAGGGACUGAGAAUCCUGCUGCUCUCGAGCCUGAGUCUUGGUGGCUCGACUGGACACUCAUGGCAAACAGACCUGGCAACGAUGAUUAUCAACUAGACCUCUUCUAUGACUACCGAAACAACGUCAAGCAAUAUCCCGAGUUCCAAGAAUACUUUCGCAAGUCUCAGGUGCCAUUGCUCGCUGUCUGGGGAGAGAAAGAUACCAUCUUUAUUCCUCCUGGGGCUGAAGCAUUCAAGAGAGACCUGCCCAAUGCUGAGAUUCACCUUCUAGAUGCGGGUCACUUCACUUUGAUCAGCAAUCUGGAGCAGAUGGUGGAAUAUAUACUCCCUUUCCUUGGAAACCACCUUGGCAAAGGUCGCGCAUAA